AUGGAUAUGGAACCAUGGAUGAUUGAAAUUCCAAGGAAGCUUGAGGUGGAAUACAAGGAUAAAUUGGAGACCGUUUAUGGUGUUGAAAUUCACACUGAUGCUAUACUACUUGCUUGUAACAUCAUCACCUUCAAAUACUCUGAUGGCUUGGACACCAAUGUGGAAGAGAAGGCUUUGGAUUUUGACGAAUGCUCGUUGUUGCGUACAUUUGUUGAAUGUGACGAAUACUAUAGAGAGAAGGAUCCUGCUAAGAAGUUAUGGUUUCCUCAUGUAAAAAGGGAUUAUGAAGAUUUAAUGAAUAAGUGGGAUGGCUUUAUGUGGAAGUGGAAGCCCACAGUGUUAUCCCAGAAGAGCUCUAAAGAAGAAAGAGCAGAAGAAACAUGCAUGUUGGAACAACCACACCAGAUGUUGGUUUCGUGUUUAGAGGAGAUGGAAGUUGCGAAUGUGAUGGACUCGACCCUACUCUUUGGGGUCGGUCAACGUCUUGGUACGGUUGUUACCAAGCUCAUGCUAACGAUUGACGAAAAUUUUAAGCAAAACCUGACUGUUACUCCAUGUCUAAUUGCAAAGGUAGCAAGUCUUCUGACUGGGAUUCCUGCUUCAUGCCUCCUUCAUUUUUCAGAGCCGCCACUUCAGGGCCUUGAAACAAGACUGGCUAAAGGGCUAAUUGGACAAGAGCAUGUUCCAUUUGUUAUUAGCAAUGCAUUGUCAAGGCCUAGAGUUGACAUUUCUUUUUUUAGAUGGCUUUGGGCAGGGAUGGACGGAGAUCGCCAAUGCUCUUGCUGAGCAACUUUUUGACGACAAAAAAUGGUUGAUAGCAUUCGACUUGUCAGAAUACUGACUCAGGAUCUGUCUCACGCAUCAUUGGUUGUCCCUCCAUUAUAAUCUUUCUGGAUGGUCUCUUUCGUUUGCUUUUGCUCAGUAUUUUAUGUAGGGCUAAUUAUUUUGCUUUAUGUUGGAUUCUUCAGUUCCUUUAAUCUGACAGAUGGACUGCUCACAGAAUCUGUGAAGAGUAGGCCUUUCACCGUAGUAUUUUCUCACAAUGUUGAUAGGGCUCAUCCUUCUGUUACUAACGUUCUGAUUGAGAUCAUUAGCCAUGGCAGAGUAUCAAAUGGCAAAGGAAGCACCACUGACUUCACCAAAACACUGAUAAUCAUGACAUCAAAUGUUAUGGAUGGUAAAUUCCAAUGGCGACCCUGCAAAUAUGUACAAAUGGUUCAAGAAAUGCCGCUGAAAGACUUAUCUCCGGAUCCAUUGUCUUCUGA